GUUGCGGGACGUGGGAAGAGGCGGGCGGACAACAUGGCGGCACCUACAGCUGGUGUGGGCCGGCUAGAGGAAGAGGCGUUGCGGCGAAAGGAACGACUGAAAGCCCUACGGGAAAAAACCGGGCGAAAGGACAAGGAAGAUGGGGAGCCCAAGACCAAGCAGCUCAGAGAAGGGGAGGAGGAAGGCGAGAAGCACAGGGAACUCAGGCUGCGGAACUACGUCCCAGAGGAUGAGGACCUGAAGAGGAGGAGGGUGCCCCAGGCCAAGCCAGUCGCGGUGGAAGAGAAGGUGAAGGAGCAGCUGGAGGCCGCUAAGCCGGAGCCCGUCAUCGAGGAAGUGGACCUGGCCAACCUCGCGCCCCGGAAGCCUGACUGGGACCUCAAGAGAGAUGUAGCCAAGAAACUAGAGAAGCUAGAAAAGCGGACCCAGAGGGCCAUCGCUGAGCUGAUCCGUGAGAGGCUGAAGGGCCAAGAGGACAGCCUGGCCUCUGCAGUGGGUGCCACCACUGAGCAAGAGGCCUGUGACUCCGACUGAAGCACACCACGUCCCCUCACCCCUGUCCUGUGGGUGCGUAGUCUUGGGCAAGGGCAGGGACUGGGCUUGCUGUUACCUCCAGGGCCAGACCACCCCGUCAGCCUGAGACCCCGGCCCCGGGGUGAGGUCAGCUCCUUGUCUCCUAAGUGGUCCCCACCACCCUGACCGGGGCAAGGCCAACAGCAACCCCAUGGGCUUGCUGUGUCUGUACAUAUACGUGUAUUUUCAACUUUCUUUUAUCUCUAGAAAUAAAAACAAGCAGAAAUAGA